CGACCGACCAGGGGCGGCCCCGGAGAUCCAGCAAAGACUCCAUCGGCAGUUGGCUCAUUGACCAUUUUCCGCGUCGUCCCAAGGCAAGGGCAAGGGCAUUCCAUGAAUCUUGUGCCUUUGAUAAUACAGCCAUUGAGCCUUGGGGGACCAUCAAAUGGCCAUGGGGACACCCAUCAAGCGGGUUUCCGAAUGGCGCAAGCUGCCUGUUAGCCUCACGGAACUCAGCAUCGACACGACUCUCCGCUGCGGACAGUCCUUCCGGUGGCGCAAGAUUAACGAUGAAUGGAUAUGCACACUGCACGGGCGGAUCCUCGCUUUGAAGCAGGACCCGCUUCACCUUCAUUACAAAGUGACCUGGCCAGACGCAUCGCCAUCAUUGCAGCGUAUCAUCCCGGCAUCGCGAGGCUCGGAUGGUAACGAUGAUACUGAAGAUCUUCUUCGGCGAUACUUCAGCCUGGACUUGGACCUUGGUGCUCUGUACAGACAGUGGUCAGAUGCAGAUCCAAAUUUCUGCAAAAAGGCCCCUGAGUUCACUGGCGUGCGCAUUCUCAGUCAAGACGCCUGGGAGGCGUUGAUUUGCUUCAUUUGCAGCAGUAACAACAACAUUAGCCGAAUAUCUCAGAUGGUCCACAAACUUUGCAGUAAUUAUGGUCCAUACAUCGGCAAGGUUGACGAUGAGGCUCUGCACGAUUUUCCUAGCCCUGAUGCCUUGACAGGGAAGCAAGUUGAGUCCCAGUUGAGAGAGCUGGGUUUUGGUUACCGAGCGAAGUACAUUGCAGAGACUGCGAGGGUUGUCGCCCGAGAAAAGCCGCUUCAUUGGCUGGAAUCGCUUCGGAACCCUGACCACCAAGGUCCCAGUGACUGGAUGGGCAAGGAAGCCCGGAAGGCGACGUACAAGGAGGCCCAUGAGGAGCUCCUGUCUCUGACCGGAGUUGGUCCGAAGGUCGCAGACUGCGCUUGUCUCAUGGGUCUAGGAUGGGGCGAGUCCGUUCCCGUCGAUACUCACGUGUGGCAAAUUGCACAGCGGGACUAUAAGUUCGGCAAGGCAAAGUCGAAAACAUUUAACAAGGUCAUGUACGAUGCUGUCGGCGACCACUUUAGGGACAUUUGGGGCAAAUACGCUGGCUGGGCACAUUCGGUGCUCUUCACCGCAGAUCUUCGCGAGUUUUCUAAGCAAGCGGUCAAGGAGGAGGAGAAGGAGGGCAGUCUGAUGAUGGUAACGACCGAAUCAACGCUGAUGAAUUCCGAGGAACUGCGUGGCACGCGCAAGAGGCGCGCAACAACCAAGGUUGAGGUGAAGACGGAGGUCCAGACCGUGGGCGCCGAGCACGGGCUAGCGACAGAGGGAGUAGCAGCAAAGCGAAGGAAGACCAGACGUACCCACUGAGUCAGGCAUACGUUUCGAUCCUCAACGGGCCCCCUUUGCUCCUAUUCGUGUUUCCGCGCGCAAUGUUCAAAACGUCCCUACUCGUUACACGACGCAGCAUUGUGGUUCAUCAAAGUACUUCGUACUUUGUAGAGAGCUAAAUGGUAGGACGGAAGAGAUCGGGCUGCACCGUGACCCAAGGCCUUGUUUAGAAACACCAAAUAUCAAUAUCUAUGACCAUAAUAGGGC